GGGGUUGAAGGUUGUUGUUGUUGUUGUUCGACACUUUGGAGCUGAAACAUUUGGAAACCUCUGGUCUCAAACUCUGUUCUCCGGAGUCCGGACUUCGCUGCCAGCUGAGUCGGAUCCGGAUCAUGGACCUGGUCCGACUUGUGUCCUGAGACCCUCCAGCUUCCCCGUGGAGCUCCAGCAUGCUUCUUCCGGGAAACGAGUCCUCCUUCCAGACUGAGGUCAACGGGUCAUCGGAUGGCGAACCGGGAGCGGAGGCGGUGAUAGUACCGGUGCUAUUCGGGAUGAUCUUUGUGGUGGGCGUGGUGGGGAACUCCUUGGUUCUGGUGGUGAUCGGGAGCCUGAAGCACCGCGGCGGAGAGCGGGUCCUGAGUCCCACCAACAUCUUCAUCGUGAACCUGAGCCUGGCGGACCUCAGCUUCCUCCUCCUCUGCGUCCCGGUCCACGCAACCAUCUACUCUCUGCCGGAGUGGGUGUUCGGAGCCUUCCUCUGCAAGUUCGGUCACUACUUCUACACCGUCAGCAUGCUGGUCAGCAUCUUUACGCUAGCGGGCAUGUCCGUGGAUCGGUACAUUGCUGUGGUGCGCUCCAAGAGUUCCGUGUGCGUGCGGAGUCGCAGGAAAGCACUGGUCGGGGUGUGCCUCAUCUGGACGCUGUCUCUAGCGUGCUCGGUACCGGUGGGCCAGCACCAGAUUCUCACGAACCAUCCCACAGCCCCGAACAGCACCUUCUGCUGGGAGAACUGGUCUGGAGCGUCCAGGCGCGCCUUUAAGGUGUCGGUCCUGGUUCUGGGUUUCGUACUGCCGCUGCUGCUGAUCUGCUGCUGCUACACCCGGAUUUUAUGUCACCUUCAUAAAAAAAUGAAGAACAUGUCUAAGAAGUCUGAGCACUCCAAAAGAAAGACUGUUCAGACCAUCCUUCUGGUUGUCGCCGCAUUCACCAUCUGCUGGAUGCCUCACCACAUCAUCGCCAUGUGGGUGGAGUUUGGCAGGUUCCCGCUGAAUGAUGCUUCCUUUGCUUUCCGUAUUGUCUCCCACUGCCUGUCCUAUGGGAACUCCUGCGUCAACCCCAUCCUCUACGCCUUCCUCUCGGAGAAUUUCCGCACAGCUUGCAGACGUGUCUUCACCCGCUCCCUGUCGUACCCUCCACCAUCCAAUGGAAAGGUGGUUCGAUUCCGCAUGGACAACUUCUCCACCACACACUCCACCACCAACAUCUGAAGAACAAAACCAACUCCUGGAAAAAGACAUUACUCCUAGAGAAAUACAACGAUUGUCUUUGCCUUUUUGUUGGGUUUUAGACUCUAAUGGACACAGAAAGAUCAGAUUCAGUUUUCACUGAGAUGGAUGAAAGGCGGCUGCACACCAAAGCUGUAUUUUUCAUCUGAUGUUUUUGGUUUCAUUAUUUUUCUAAAUCAGAGCUUUUCAAAAGGAUUUGACCCUUCAGAGCUACCAUAUGAAAAACAUCCUUUAUCAGAAAGCACUUUAUAAGGUCUGUUCAGUUAUUUUUGUUUGUUGUUUUAAACACAAACCAAUUAGCUGAAAGGUUCUCAGCUGAGGACAAAUUAAUGUCCGAUUUGAGAAAACCCAUCAGCUCCAGUUUGAUUUGCUGUUUGGUUAAGAACAGACCAGACCGGGUCGGGCUGGACUGAAGAUUAGAAUUGGCUGAUGUCCUCCUGACCCUCCUCAGCAGAGGUGAUCUCUGAACCAGUUCUCUGUGUCCAGUGGUCUGGAACGAGGUGUCUGGGACGAGUUCUCUGGGUCCAGUGGAGCUGGUCAUUUAUUUUAGCAAAUGCGGCAGAGUCACCCAGCCUGUGCUCGUUUCUAUGGCGCGGUAUGGGGGCCAAAAUUAAGACUACUGCCCAGCAGCAGGAGGCUAUAUAAAUUCUGAAGCAAACUACCGACCUGAUCAAUGAUAAGCUGGCGCCGGUAACUGAGAGGCUGGUGCUGCUUACUAGCGUAUCUAGUAGUAACGCCGGUAAAGGUGCUAUUCAUCAGUAAGCAGUACCUUUACCGGCAUUACUACUAGAUACGCUAGGGACUAGCAGACCUCGGCUGGUCAUUGACUGGUUCACACACUCCCUCUGCUGUCUAUUAGCAUGGAUAGGCUAGCUUUAGCCUGGACGGGCUGGUGUUAGCAUCGGAGAGGCUAGCCAUUAGCGUGCCCAGGCUGGCCACUAGCUAACUAGUGA